GGUCAUCAUAAAGAAGGUUAUGGCUUGUCUUGGAAUGUAUUACUCAGUGGUCAUCUGCUUUCAGCCUCCGAUGAUCAGACAAUCUGCCUGUGGGAUAUUAAUGCAACACCGUUGGACGGUUGUAAUCUCAAUGCUAUGGCCAUAUUUACAGGACAUCAUUCCGUUGUCGAAGAUGUUUCCUGGCAUCUUUUUCAUGGACAUAUUUUCGGCUCUGUGGCUGAUGAUAAUAAACUGAUGAUUUGGGAUACGCGUAGUUCAAAUCGUAGUAAACCACAGCAUCAAGUCGAUGCGCAUACAGCUGAAGUCAACUGUCUGGCUUUUAAUCCAUUCUCUGAGUUUAUUAUUGCAACAGGCAGUGCGGACAAGACGGUGGCUCUUUGGGAUCUACGUAAUCCGCGAUUGAAACUGCACUCUUUUGAGUCUCAUCGUGAUGAAAUAUUUCAGGUCCAAUGGUCACCGCAUAAUGAAACAAUACUUGCUAGUUCAGGUACUGACCGACGUCUUCAUGUUUGGGAUUUAAGCAAAAUUGGUAUUGAUCAGUCUCCUGAAGAUGCAGAUGAUGGUCCACCGGAAUUAUUAUUCAUACAUGCUGGGCAUACAGCGAAAAUUUCCGAUUUUUCAUGGAAUAUUAAUGACCCAUGGACUAUUUGUUCUGUUUCUGAGGAUAAUAUUUUACAAAUUUGGCAAAUG